AUGAGACUGAUAGUUUCAUCUAAGACCAAGCAUGAUUUUGGUAGAAACAGCUAUUGGUUAAUAAUUGCAUUAAUUUUUAUUUUUACUACAUUUAUUUUGGUAAUUGUAGCUACUGCCGGUUCUACUUCAAACUAUACACCAAUUAAUAAUGUUUAUUUGGGUGACGCUGAUAUAGCUCAUAUCAAUGUUUCAAAAGUUAUUCCACAAAUGAAACCAAUUUUAACAAUAUUAGGUUCUGCUUUAACUGCUCCAAAUCAAUCUUUGAAUAACAUUUUUGGCGCUCUAAAAACCGUAUCCACUACCCCAGCUCUAUCUCCAUUACUAUUAUUAUUAUCUAAUGCAAAUAACACUUCUGUUACAAUAGACUCUUUGGUUAAAUUGGCUCCCUUGGCAUUGGAAGGUGAUCCAAUUGAAUCAACAAGAGAAUUAGUUGGCAUCUCAAGUCUAGUCGAUAAUUCCAAUAAUGGGAAUCAAACUUUGCAGUUUUUAUCUGAACUAGUUUCACCAAUUUUACAGAACUUUAAUAAUACACAACUAUUACAAGCCAGUGAAUCUACUUUAAAAUUGUUAUCAAACUCAGCUAAUCCUUUGAAUACAACUAAACAAUUGGAAGUUUUGAAUGAUUUGACUCUAUCCGAAAAAGUUGCUUUAUUACCCGUAUUUUCUUUAUAUCAAACAACUAAUAAUGUGACACAAUUAAAUGAUGCUUUAAUAAAAAUUAUUCAGGCAAACAUUUCAAUCCCCCAGCAACAAAUUUCGACUUACUUCUCCACAUUAUCCACAAUGUUGCAAUCAAACCCAAAUGCAAAUUUAACAAGAGUGUUUAAUGGCCUAAGUUCUUCUUCCUCAUCUUCUUCUUCCCAAGAAGAACUUUUGUACUCUGUUCAAAGUUUGUUGACUUCUUCCACUAACCUCAAUUCUACUUUAACUAUUUUGACCGAUAUGAUUAAGCAAAAUAUUACAAAUAAUGAAAAUGCCAAAUUAGCUUUACCUGCACUAGUUAGUAUUAUCAAUAAUUCAAAUAAUGCUACUAUGGCUCUCGAUAUUAUUAAAUCUUUAUCGUUAGUGAAAAACACUACAGCCACACGUGAACAACUAUUGGCGCUUGAAGGUCUUUUAGGUGUGUCCAAUAAUGGAACAAAAUCGAUUUCAAUUGUUGGGUUGUUACAAAAUGGGUUAACACCUAAUUCAACUACAGUUAAAUACAUCCCAUCUUUAUUCACUUUGAUGAAUUCGUCAACUAAUCCAGAAUCAACAUUUAAAUCGUUAGUCGUUUUAACCUCAUGGGCUCAAGAAAAUCCUGAUACUUUUACACCAAUUGUUAAUAUUCUAAAUGAUGCACAAUCUGUUCAACCAAUUUCUGAAUUGGCUUUACGUGAAAUGACACCAAUUUUAUUGGAUUAUUUGAAGAUUCCAAUUUAUUACAGAUUGUCAAUUUUUACUUUAUGUAAAGCCAAUGGUAAUAAGGAUAUCCUUACUUGCAAUAAACCUCAUGCUGUACAAGACUUGGAUUUCAGAAAUAUCAUAUAUGAUUCAUUAAUGGAAUCUGAUUUCCAACCAUAUUUAAAAGGCUUGGACAUUUCAGCCAACGAUUUACACUUGGAAGGUGAUUUAUUGAAUAGACAACAUCAAUAUGUUUCUUCAAUUUCAGCUUUGCUGACUAUGAAUCUUUUAACAAUUAUUUUCUCUGCUGCAGUCAUUGGCUUUAUCAUCUAUAAUUUAAUCACUGACGUGAAGCAUAUGUGGUGCUGGUAUAUUUUACUUGGCUUCACCUUUUCCACUGCAUUGUUUAAUGGUAUUGGUGCUACAAUUAAUGCUAUUGUUAUUGAGGUUAUUAAGUCAGGGACACACCAUGAUGAUUAUGGUGUUGUGUAUCAAACUGGUGUAGCCUAUUCAGGGUUAAUGUGGACAGCUUUUGUGUUAAGUUGUCUAACUACAUUAAUUGUGUUAGUAGCUUGUUGGAAGGCAAGAAGGUAUUUGAAAGGAGAGGUUAAAUUACAAGAAAAGAAUGUGGGUAUGUACAGUGAUGAUUCUGAGAAUGAGGGCCAGGAACUCGAUGAAAGUGGUAGUAUUAUGUUGCUAAAGACAAAAUCCACAGAGAAUAUCUCUGUGAUUGAUGAGAAACAAGAAGGUGGUUAUGAUAAAGUUGAGAUCCUAAGAAAAAAGACAUCAAAUUCUGAUUCGUCAUCUUCUAUUUCUCCAAGCUCAUCUAAAUUUUCCAAAACAAAUUUACCUACAACUGCAGUUACAAAUGAUAGUUAUAUAAGAAAUACUUCAUCAGAUAUUUUUGAAAUGCCACAUACACCAUCUAUUUCUUUAUCAGUUGAUGAAAAACUUGAAACUACACUACCUGUGACUUCGUCAUCACAUCCUGAUAGCAAGGUUUGA